ACCAACGCACUCUCGCUCUCCUCUCUCCCUCUCUCAUACCCCAAAUUUUCAUCCAUAUUCGUCUACAGAAAAAUCAAAGCGCCCCUGUAAUCUCCUUUUUCGCAUUUUCACAAUCGGAUUGCUCUGCAUUCAAUUCUGGGAAUUUGAUCGCGAUACUAAUUAAUUGCGCGUCGCUGGAAAUACUCAGGGCCGGAAUUUGUUGUUGUUCUUUUGGUUGCGGUUAUCUGUGCAGCAGGUAGAAUUGAUGGCCGGGGAAGCGGAUGCAUCGUCGGCGCCGACUGUGUUGGCGUCUCUGUAUGUUGGGGAUUUGGCGAUGGAUGUGACGGAUGAUGUGCUGUACGAGGCAUUCUCGGAAUUCAAGAGCCUCGCGUCCGUUCGUGUCUGCCAGGACUCCUCCACCGGGCGGUCUCUUGGUUAUGGAUAUGUCAACUUCGUUUCGCCUGAUGACGCUACUCGUGCUAUUGAGGAGAAAAACCAUUCGAAAUUGAAUGAUAGACUGAUAAGGGUCAUGUGGUCACAUCGGGAUCCAGAUGCAAGAAACAGCGGAAUAGGAAAUGUUUUUGUCAAGAAUCUGGAUGAGUCCAUAGAUAGUGCAAAACUUCAAGAUAUGUUUCAGAAAUUUGGCAAGAUUUUAUCCUGUAAAGUGGUCUCUUCUGAUAAUGGGAAGAGCAAAGGGUAUGGCUUCAUCCAGUUUGAAUCUGAAGCCUCUGCUGAAGCUGCCAUUGAGAAACUUAAUGGCUUGAUGGUUGGAGGAAAACAGAUGUAUGUUGGUAAGUUCUUGAAGAAGAGUGACCGAGCAGUUCCUGGUCGUGAAGAAAAGUAUACAAAUCUGUAUGUCAAGAAUUUAGAGACAAGUUUCUCUGAAGAGGGUCUUAGGGAGAAGUUUUCUCAAUAUGGCACAAUUGUAAGCUUGGCCAUCUCAAAAGACGAGAAAGGUGCAUCCAGAGGCUUUGGAUUUGUCAACUUCGAAAAUCCAGAGGAUGCCAAGAGAGCAGUAGAAGCCCUGCAUGGAUCACAAUGGGGCUCGAAGAUUUUGUAUGUUACCCGUGCACAAAAAAAAUCUGAACGUGAAGAAGUAUUGCGCCGCCAAUUUGAGGAGAAAAGGAAAGAGCAGAUUUUGAAAUACCAGGCUUCAAAUGUUUAUGUGAAGAAUAUUGAUGAUGAUAUCACUGAUGAAGAACUGAGGGAACUUUUUAGUCGGUGUGGAACUAUCACUUCUGCUAAGCUGAUGCGGGAUGAUAGAGGAAUCAGCAAGGGAUUUGGAUUUGUUUGCUUCUCCACACCUGAGGAGGCAAAUCAAGCUGUAUACACCUUCCAUGGUUUUAUACUGCAUAGGAAACCGCUGUACGUGGCAAUUGCCCAGAGAAAGGAGGAAAGACAAGUUAAACUACAAGCAAUGUAUGCACAACGUAUGGCUGGAUUAGCAGGACCAUCAGCUAUUAUUCCUGGUGGAUAUUCCCCAUUCUAUUAUCCUUCUCCGCCUGUUGUUUCACAACUUCCCGCACAACCUGGCCUUAUGUAUCAGCCUCCUGGAAUUAGGCCGGGAUGGAGACCUAAUGGCAUUGUAACUCCUGCUAGGCCUCCUGUUCAACCAUUGCAUGUUCCAAUGACAGCUAACAACAAUAGACCGAACAGACAGACCAGAGGAAGGAUGAACGGGAAUGUUCUUCCACAGGGUCCUGGUCUUGCAUAUGCUGCGCCACAUUCGCAGCGGAUGGCCCAUCCUGUGGCUUCAUCCAAAGAUUUCAGCAACCACAACCAGCAGCAGCGUGUUGGGCAUCUGCAAGAGGGCAACAAUGGUCUCGCCUCCAGGGCUCAGCCUAAUUUUAUUGGCGCCGAGGGGCAAGAGAUGUUGAGUAGCUUGCUUGCGGCUGCUCUGCCCGAGCAGCAGAAACAGAUUCUUGGAGAACAUCUCUACCCACUUGUUGCACAUCAUCAGCCUGAUCUCGCAUCGAAGAUAACAGGAAUGAUCUUGGAGAUGGACAACUCGGAAAUCCUAGUGUUAUUGGACUCGCGGGAGUCACUGGCAGCAAAGGUGGAGGAAGCGGUGCAGGUGCUCCGGCUGUCCAAGUCUAAAGCAAGUCAAGAGAGCGGUAGCAGCAGCAGCAGCAGCAGCAGCCUUCAUUCCAACUACCGUUCUUCCGAAGUUACGGUUAAUUGAUGAAGACAAGACAAGACAAGGUAAGUGCAGUGCAGUGAUCAUAUCAUAUGAAGUUAGUAACUACUUUUUGGUGGGAACACAAACUUGACAUUGCUGGUGCUGGUGCUGGUGCUGGUGCGAUGGACGUGUGUGUGUGUGUGUGAGGGGGAGAGAAAGAGAAGAGAGGAGAAGAGAAGAGAAGAGAAGAGAAGAGAGAGAUGGACAUGAGAGACUAUUACUGAGUGAAAUAUGAAGGAACGAGAGGAUACAUAACCUGCUGUCGGUCAUUACUUUUCCGAAUGUUAUUAGAUUACUACUCUUGGCAGGCAAGACAGACAAAUAGUCGAUUUUUCUUUUUGCAGUAUGAGUUUGGGCCAAAUCAA